AUGGCAUCCAUCGCUUCAGCUGCCCCACAAACGGAGCUGGUCUCCCCCGAUCUUCAUCCCCAGGAGAUCUCAUUCCCGUUGCCCAAAGCAUUACAUACAACUGCCCAUGUUCACUUGACCAUUUUGGGCCACUGUGUUACAGUCUUCUUGACAACAUCGACACCAGGAGAUUCAGCUGGGUCUAUAAAGCCCCUGGGAAGCUUCGUUUAUGCUAUGCCAGAUCGAACAUCAAACAACACCAUUUCAACUACACUCUACACAUCAUCCUCUAGCAUCGAGUAUACAACUCGUGUGGCCAAGAUUCUCGCCCGAAGGAUCAAGUUGCCUGUCUAUGUUGGGUGUAGUAUUGAUCCUAACGGACUCGGUCUGACGGUCGAGGAGGAAAUGGAAGGAUUGCGACAGAUUGUGAACGUUUUUGUUGAGAGAGUGGAAGCACAAAAGAAAUAA